AUGGCAGAGAACGAGAUAACUGCCGCACAACACCUUCUCUCAAUAAUUCAAAGCCGCCUUACAGGUCGAUAUUCUGUCAAGACACCUCCAAUAUACACAUCAAAAGCACCAAAGCCGAUUCUGCCCCGAAAGCUGAACAAACUUCAAUUCCUCAAGAUUGAUGCUAAAGAAAUCGCUCGGCAGCUCACACUCAUGGAGGCGAAUCUAUUUAGCAAGAUACAGGCAGACGAGCUUUUAAAGAAGGGCCGACAAAAGAGCGACUCUUCCAAUACGCCUGAACCUGCAGCAAACAUCAAAGCUUCGAUUCGUUUUUUCAAUCAACUCUCCAACUGGGUCGGUACUUUGAUAUUAGCGGAAUCAGACUUGAAGAAGCGGGCACAUGUAAUCGGGCAUAUUGUUGAUGUGGCAAAUGCCUGUCUUAAUCUCCAAAACUAUUCUGCAGUCAUAUCUAUUCUAUCCAGUUUUGAGAGUGCACCAAUCUAUCGGCUUGUUCGCACAUGGGCAAUGGUAACUGAGCGGACUUGCAACGUGCUGAAACCAAUGCAAAUGACCACUUCCAGUGCGCAAAACUACCAUGCAUAUCGCGAAACGUUGCGAGUUGCAGUGCCGCCAUGCAUUCCAUUUCUCGGUCUUUUCUUGAAAGAUUUGACAUUUACUCGAGAUGGUAACCCUUCUCUCACGCCAGAAGGGCUUAUCAAUUUUUCCAAGUGCACUCUGCUCGCUUCUACCAUUCAAGAAUUUCAGCGUUUUCGAGAAGCCUCUUAUUCUUUACAGCCCGUACCUGAAUUGCAGGAGUUCCUUGCAACUCAAUUACAGUCCGCUUCCGAACUACACGAUAUGUGGGAUAGAAGUUGCGAAUUGGAGUCUCGAGGCCGAGAGGAUAAUAGGCGGCGAGAUCUUUAUACCCCCACGGGUGGAAUGACAACUGCAAUGGUGAUUGCCUGCAUGGUUUUGGACGACUAA